GUAGAUCGUAGCACAAGCCCUACCGAUCGGCAUUGCGAUGAGAAGCUCGUUUCAAGGGCUUAUCCACAACGCUAUUGACAUCAUCUCACCAACCGAGAAUUUAUCACUUACUACAGGUGAAAGGACUAACAUUCUCUCGAUACAUAAAGGUUAGUGCAUAAAUGAUACCAUGAAUAGUGUUUUACAUAGGAAGCGAUGGCAGAAAGGCAUUGGUGCGUGCCCCCCGUUGCGCGCUCCCUCUGUCAGCACACUGCUCAACAACAUGUUUACGUCGAUGGGACGCAUGGUGCGACAUGCUUUCUGCCUAUAGCACACACAGUUGGAGGAAAACUGCUACAAUGAAUAGGCUUUUGCUGAUUACGUUGAUAUAUGCUAAUAUUAUGUAUAAUAUAGGCACAUAUUUACACAGUCGAUAUGCACAUCAAAGGGACACUGUUUUGGAUAUAUUUUAGAUACAUAGGUUAUUGGAUUAAACUAUAAAAACCAUGUUCACAGAGAGGGAACGAGAGAGACCGCUACAUGUUAUCAAUGUGUUUACAAUGUAAAUCUCUUUGAAAUUGUCUACACCUUAAUUGUCGAUUUGUUAAGAUUUAUCUGCUACGUAUUUUUAAAUAUUUUUGUUUUAUCCAAAAACUGUGUGGUAUGACAGUAGUUUAUUGCUCCCAGCCCGAUCCAUUCAAACUGUUUGUAGCCUAGUGAGUCAACGCUGUCAACGCUUUUUCAUGUUCAGGUUAUUCUCGGUCAAAUCGCUGAAACCGGACCGGAAGGGGGAGCUCAACUAGUUUAUGCAUUCAAACGUCCACAUUUUACAAUGUAUUACGCGUACGUUUUUAUAAUGAUCAAAACCAAUGACAGAGAAUAAUUGGCAACAAAAUCUCUUCAAUUUUACAGACUAUUUUCCCCUCAAUUUUACCAAGCAAAAUCCCAAGCGGAUAUUACUUGGAAGAUAAAAUGCACCAUGUGAAUCCUUACUUAUCAUGUCCAUUAAUCUUAUUGAAGGAAUGGUGGUAAAAUAAAUUGUCCAUCACAUGAUAAUAAAAUGCACUGAAAUAUGUGAUUAAGCCUAUUCUUUGAAUCCGACCGGUUAGGUCGACAGCAGCUGUUGCCUGCCCUGUAGCCCAUAGGACGUAGUCUUACUUUUACAGUAGUAUUGCAAUGAUAAAUAUCUAGAAGAAAAACUUUGACAAUUGCAGUCGGUCAUCUAUUUUCGACCUUGGUUUAUGACCGUAUAUGAACGUGAACGUGAAGUGCAAACGGACUCUUGAAAUUCCUCCUCCUUCACACGUGAUGCCCCAGAGCUACUAUAACUUUUAAAGUGAAAUAAAAUAGUGAAUAGCAUAAAUAGGCUAGGCUACUUCUUUAUCCAAAACGGUGAUAAGAGUAGGUAGUUCCAAUAGAUUCGUGCUAACCAUGAGUUACAUAUUGACAGUUCUUCUCCUUCUCCAGAAGUUCAGUGCUGCAUGCAUGCCCAAGCUGAAGGUUUCAAGUAACUAUUUAAACCCCUGCAGGCAAAGCUGGUAUUUACUGUUUAAACCCCCAGGCAGGCUCACGCUGUGGUGUUUUUAUUUUGUUUUAUCCUCUUGAGUCAAGUUAUUUUGAGUUAUUUCUUAUCUUAUAGUGGAGGAUAACAUGAUCUCUCUCUCUCUCUCUCUCUCUCUCUCAUGCUCUCUCUCUUCUCUCUCUCUCUCUCUCUCUCUCUCUCUCUCUCUCUCUCUCUCAAUUCAAUUCAAUUUCAAUUUAAGGGAUUUAUUGGCAUGGGAAAGGUAUGUUAACAUUGCCAAAGCAAGUGAAAUAGAUAGUAAACAAAAGUGAAAUAAACAAUAAAUAUUAACAGUAAACAUUACACUCAGAAGUUCCAAAAGACUAAAGACAUUUCAAAUGUCAUAUUAUGUCUAUAUACAGUGUUGUAACAAUGUGCAAUCUCUCUUUACCUCUCUCUCUCUCUCUCUCUCUUACUCUCUCUCUCUCCCUCUCUAUCUCUCAUUAUUUUCUCUAUUGCCAUGCCAUUUUGCACACAUGAUGGACAUCUAUUCCUGUUUUCUAGGGAGAAGAGGAGAAACUGAAUCAUACACUCAUAACUAGUAUAAACCAAGUGGAGCAAGCAGAGCUGUGACUGGCUCAGGUCAGGAAUGGUGGAUAACUUGCCGGUAGGAGAGGAGACCUUCCUGUAUUACGGCAGCUUUCCGGCAGACCACCACGCAUUGGACAUGGUGAUGGACACAGGCGUCUACCAGGCGCUGUCCUCCCCGUUCUCAGAGGACGACCUGAGUGACUCGUCCAGCCCUUGCUCCUGCUCCAGCCCUGAGUCCCAGGUGCUGGGUUCCAGCUACGGCAGCAGCAGCAGCAGCUCCAGCGGAGAGAGCCAGGAUGGUCUCCUGGACUUGCUGCUCUCCCAGGCCUCCCUUGGACGUGGAGUUACCCCCUCUCUAUCCCCCUCAGUACCACCCAUCCUCCCCAGGGGUCUAGCAUGGGAGUCGAAGAGGGACUGCCUGUCUCUACCAACCAAAGAGGAGUGCUUUGAGUUCCCUGUGUUCCCAGUGGACCUGGUGGAUCAUGUGGGGCUGCUGUUUCAGCCCACCCUGGAGGAGAUAGAGGAGUUCCUGGAGGAGAAUAUGGAGGUGGUGACGUUGAAGAAGGAGGCUAGUGAGGGAGAGAUGUUGGAUGUAGACAGUCAUGUGACAGGGUCAGAGCCUGGGCUAGAGCAGUCAGACCAAACAGUACCUGUUGCCAGUGCUACUGUCCCCACCACAGAGACCAAGCACACAGCAACAUCCACAAUAACAGAUUCCAACGGUUGUAGUGUAAUUAAACAGGAGGAACGUGCUGAUACACCAGCCUCAGGGGAGGGGUCUGGUGUGACGCCUGUCAUCUUGCAGAUUCAACCAAUCCAGAUUAAGCAAGAGCCCAGCCCAGGUGUGAUACCAACACCAGUACCACAGCAGACCACCCAGCCCUCCUCAGACAUCAAAAUCACCCAGCUCCUAGUCAACAUCCAGGGCCAGACUUUUGCCCUGGUGCCCCAGCUGGUGUCUCCAGCCAAUCUCAAUGGCACAUCUUCCAAAUUUGUGCGCAUCGCGCCCGUUCCCAUAGCCGCCAAGCCCCUGGGUCUCGGGGAGGGGGGGCUUUCAGGUGGCCAGGCUGCAGGGAUCCUGGUGGGAGCACAGAAGUUCCAGAAGAGCUCGGUAGCGGACCUUUUAAAAAUGCAUAAGUGCACUUUCCCUGGCUGUGCCAAGAUGUACACCAAGAGCAGCCACCUGAAGGCCCACCUGAGGAGGCACACGGGGGAAAAGCCUUUCGCCUGCACCUGGCCUGGCUGUGGAUGGAGGUGAGUGGGUUUAAGACACUUUGUAGGUUGUGUUAGAGUCAGACUUCACAGGUGGAGCUCAUAGGUCUACUCAGUGUGUGAUUAUUCAUGUGACUACAUACACAGCAGUGACAGUCAGUGAGUGCAACAGGGGAUGUUUAGCUGUGAUGGUCCAACCAUGUAUGACAAUUUAGCGAUACCAGUCCGUAUUUUAGUUGGAGAAGUAACCGAGUACACAACUAUCUCUGUUGACUGUGGUUGGAUUAUUUGAGAUGAAUUGAUUCCUUCCAGAGGUUAACAGGGUUAUCAUCUUCCUUCGCUGGCUGAUUAUCACAGAGAUAUAUGAAGCCAUUCAAAGCCAAUUCCCACCAGCUGCUCUGCAAAACACAGAGAUUAAUUUUAUGAGAAAAUAUAAUUAAUAUUCCAAGUUGUACGUCAGCUCAAUUGGAGAUGAUGGAGAACUAAAAUGAUUAGUGUCCCUCAUAAUGAAUGCUCUCUUCUCUUGCUCUCUCAUUGGCUCCAUAUCUCUGUGUUUUCUUCUAUUGCAGAGUUUGAGAUUAGAUAAGGCCUUUGAAGUGUGGGCAGACUUUGCCCCCUCUAGCUGUCUCUCUGUUUGCUCUCCGUCUGCACUCAGUCACACUCUUGCAGAAUCAAGUAAAAAGUUUUGGUAGCAGCACUGACUUUAUGGUAUAAUGAAUGACCUUACAGCAUACUAAUUAGAUUAUAAUUCAUGAUUUAUUAGUUGGCCAAAGGAGUUUGUUUCUCUGUUUCCAUUCACUCAGCAAGCAUAAAGCAUACAUUUGUCACAUAUUAUUCAUUCACCAUCUCCCUGACCUCUCCACCCAAUGCGGUUGCACAUCUAAACAUAAAAAGCUCACUGUGCCCGUGGGAACAGCUGGUGAGAAGGUCUCCAGUCCGAUAAGAUUGUCAGUGCUCAACAGUCCUGUGGUCUUAUCACAGUGACCUGGGUUAGCCCCGACACAGGACUGUCCUGGGCCUGUUGUAUCCCCCAUCGCCAUCCCACAGGGCACAGUGUGGCCUUCAGAGACUGCUCUCUGUCUGAGGGACCCUCGCUCCUCUUCCACCUCCUUUGCCUCCUCCACCUCCUCUUCCUCUCCUCUGCCUCCUCCACCUCCUCCUCUCCUCCACCUCCUCCUCUCCUCUGCCUCCUCCACCUCCUCCUCUCCUCUGCCUCCUCCACCUCCUCCUCUCCUCUGCCUCCUCCACCUCCUCCUCUCCUCUGCCUCCUCCACCUCCUCCUCUGCCUCCUCCACCUCCUCCUCUGCCUCCGUCCACCUCCUCCUCUCCUCUGCCUCCUCCACCUCCUCCCUCUGCCUCCUCCACCUCCUCCUCUCCUCAUCCUCCUCCACCUCCUCCUCUCCUCUGCCUCCUCCACCUCCUCCUCUCCUCUGCCUCCUCCACCUCCUCCUCUCCUCUGCCUCCUCCACCUCCUCCUCUCCUCCACCUCCUCCUCUCGCCCUCCUCUGCCUCCUCCACCUCCUCCUCUCGCCCUCCUCUGCCUCCUCCACCUCCUCCUCCUCUCCUCUACCACCUCCACCUCCUCCUCCUCUACACCUCCUCCUCCUCUCCUCCACCUCCUCCUCCUCCACCUCCUCCUCUCCACCUCUGCCUCCUCCACCUCCUCCACCUCCACCUCCUCCACCUCCUCCUCUCCUCCUCUGCCUCCUCCACCUCUGCCUCCUCCACCUCCUCCUCCUCUACACCUCCUCCUCCUCUCCUCCUCCUCCGCCUUCUCCUCCUUGUCAGGAAAUGGAAGUGAGCUUGGGAAAUAUGCACCUCCAGCCAUCUGUCAUUUGAAUGCCUUGUGUUGUAACGAAAUAAAGUGUUUUUGACAUUCCUCUGAUUCUCUUCAUGCACAUAAAAACCAAAUGACACAUUUACUGUACAGCUGGCAUUCCUCUUGCAUCUCCAUUCUCCUCACACACAUAAUGCAUACCCACAUGUACACAAUAAAUACACAAUGAAUACACGCAUGUACACAAUACAUACACAAUGUAUAGGUUUGAACCUAUAGUUUAUUGUGAAAACACCAUGACGUUCUGAAAUAAGGGUUUGUCUUGUUUUUGUACCUUGUAUACUGUGUUUUUAUUACCGUACAGUAUAUAUAAAAAUAAACCAAACAAGAUAUGAUGAUAUUUCUUCGUACCCAUUCUUCGAACUUCGAACUUUAAGUGCUUUAUGAUUGCUGCUUUCUGGAUUCUGUAAUAGUAGCUUCAUGAAGGUCCCAAGAGCUGGAUCGUUGUGUGGAAUUGGAACCUCUUAUGCAGUAACACUGUCCCUCCUUGUGGACUUGCAUGAGUUACAGUAACACUGUCCCUCUCUCUGGACUUGCAUGAGUUACAGUAACACUGUCCCUCUCUGUGGACUUACAUGAGUUACAGUAACACUGUCCCGCUCUGUGGACUUACAUGAGUUAAGUAACACUGUCCCUCCCUGUGGACUUACAUGAGUUACAGUAACACUGUCCUUCCCUGUGGACUUACAUGAGUUACAGUAACACUGUCCUUCCCUGUUGACUUACAUGAGUUACAGUAACACUGUUCCUCCCUGUGGACUUACAUGAGUUACAGUAACACUGUCCUUCCCUGUUGACUUACAUGAGUUACAGUAACACUGUCCCUCCCUGUUGACUUACAUGAGUUACAGUAACACUGUCCUUCCCUGUGGACUUGCAUGAGUUACAGUAUCAAUCAAUCAAUUUUAUUUUAUAUAGCCCUUCUUACAUCAGCUAAUAUCUCGAAGUGCUGUACAGAAACCCAGCCUAAAACCCCAAACAGCUAGUAAUGCAGGUGUAGAAGCACGGUGGCUAGGAAAAACUCCCUAGAAAGGCGAAACCUAGGAAGAAACCUAGAGAGGAACCAGGCUAUGAGGGGUGGCCAGUCCUCUUCUGGCUGUGCCGGGUGGAGAUUAUAACAGAACCAUGCCAAGAUGUUCAAAAAUGUUCAUAAGUGACAAGCAUGGUCAAAUAAUAAUCAGGAAUAAAUCUCAGUUGGCUUUUCAUAGCCGAUCAUUAAGAGUUGAAAACAGCAGGUCUGGGACAGGUAGGGGUUCCAUAACCGCAGGCAGAACAGUUGAAACUGGAAUAGCAGCAAGGCCAGGCGGACUGGGGACAGCAAGGAGUCACCACGGCCGGUAGUCCCGACGUAUGGUCCUAGGGCUCAGGUCUCUCAGUUGGCUUUUCAUAGCCGAUCAUUAAGAGUUGAAAACAGCAGGUCUGGGACAGGUAGGGGUUUCGUAGCCGCAGGCAGAACAGUUGAAACUGGAAUAGCAGCAAGGCCAGGCGGACUGGGGACAGCAAGGUGUCAUCAUGCCCGGUAGUCCUGACGUAUGGUCCUAGGGCUCAGGUUCUCAGAGAGAAAGAGAGAACGAGAGAAUUAGAGAGAGCAUACUUAAAUUCACACAGGACACUGGAUAAGACAGGAGAAGUACUCCAGGUAUAACCAACCGACAGUAACACUGUCCUUCCCUGUUGACUUACAUGAGUUACAGUAACACUGUCCUUCCCUGUUGACUUACAUGAGUUGCAGUAACACUGUCCCUCCCUGUGGACUUACAUGAGUUACAGUAACACUGUCCCUCCCUGUUGACUUACAUGAGUUACAGUAACACUGUCCUUCCCUUUGGACUUACAUGAGUUACAGUAACACUGUCCCUGCCUGUGGACUUACAUGAGUUACAGUAACACUGUCCUUCCCUGUGGACGUACAUGAGUUACAGUAACACUGUCCUUCCCUGUGGACUUACAUGAGUUACAGUAACACUGUCUUUCCCUGUGGACUUACAUGAGUUACAGUAACACUGUCCUUCCCUGUUCCCUCGAACAGAGCCAGAGUGUAGCCUAACUAAGCUGUUGAGGCUGUAGCCUGUUGUCUGGACCUAUGCCAGUCUCUAUGGGGGUGCCACAGGGUUCAAUUCUUGGGCCGACUCUUUUCUCCGUGUAUAUCAAUGAUGUCGCUCUUGCUGCUGGUGACUCUCAGACCCACCUCUACGCAGACGACACCAUUUUGUAUACAUCUGGCCCUUCAUUGGACACUGUGUUAACAAAUCUCCAAACGAGCUUCAAUGCCAUACAACACUCCUUCCGUAGCCUCCAACUGCUCUUAAACACUAGUAAAACGAAAUGCACGCUCUUCAAUCGAACGCUGCUGGCAUCCGCCCACCCGACUAGAAUCACUACUCUCGGCGGGUCUGACCUAGAGUAUGUGGACAACUACAAAUACCUAGGUGUCUGGUUAGACUGUAAACUCUCCUUCCAGACUCACAUUAAGCAUCUCCAAUCCAAAGUUAAAUCUAGAAUCGGCUUCCUAUUUCGCAACAAAGCCUCUUUCACUCAUGCUGCCAAACAUGCCCUCGUAAAACUGACUAUCCUACCGAUCCUUGACUUCGGCGAUGUCAUUUACAAAAUAGCCUCCAACACUCUACUCAGCAAAUUUGAUGUAGUCUAUCACAGAGCCAUCCAUUUUGUCACCAAAGCCCCAUAUACUACCCACCACUGUGACCUGUACGCUCUUGUUGGCUGGUCCUCACUACAUAUUCGUCGCCAAACCCACUGGCUCCAGGCCAUCUAUAAAUCACUGCUAGGCAAAUCCCCGCCUUAUCUUAGCUCAUUGGUCACCAUAGCAACACCCACCUGUAGUAUGCGCUCCAGCAGGUAUAUCUCACUGGUCAUCCCCAAAGCCAACACCUCCUUUGGCCGCCAUUCCUUCCAGUUAUCUGCUGCCAAUGACUGAACGAACUGCAAAAAUCUCUGAAGCUGGAGACUCUUAUCUCCCUCACUAACUUUAAGCAUCAGUUGUCAGAGCACCUUACCGAUCACUGCACCUGUACACAGCCCAUCUGAAAUUAGCCCACCCAACUACCUCAUCCCCAUAUUGUUAUUUAUUUUGCUAAUUUGCACCCCAGUAUCUCUAUUUGCACAUCUAUCAUUCCAGUGUUAAUACUAAUUGUAAUUAUUUUGCACUAUGGCCUAUUUAUUGCCUUACCUCCAUAACUUGCUACCUUUGCACACACUGUAUAUAUAUUUUCUGUUGUACUUCUGACUUUAUGUUUUGUUUUACCCCAUAUUUACACUAAAAAGUAUUUAGUCAGCCACCGAUUGUGCAAGUUCUCCCACUUAAAAAUAUGAGAGAGGCCUGUAAUUUUCAUCAUAGGUACACGUCAACUAUGACAGACAAAAUGAGAAUUUUUUUUCCAGAAAAUCACAUUGUAGGAUUUUUAAUGAAUUUAUUUGCAAAUUUUGGUGGAAAAUAAGUAUUUGGUCAAUAACAAACGUUUCUCAAUACUUUGUUAUAUACCCUUUGUUGGCAAUGACACAGGUCAAACGUUUUCUGUAAGUCUUCACAAGGUUUUCACACACUGUUGCUGGUAUUUUGGCCCAUUCCUCCAUGCAGAUCUCCUCUAGAGCAGUGAUGUUUUGGGGCUGUCGCUGGGCAACACGGACUUUCAACUCCCUCCAAAGAUUUUCUAUGGGGUUGAGAUCUGGAGACUGGCUAGGCCACUCCAGGACCUUGAAAUGCUUCUUACGAAGCCACUCCUUCAUUGCCCGGGCGGUGUGUUUGGGAUCAUUGUCAUGCUGAAAGACCCAGCCACGUUUCAUCUUCAAUGCCCUUGCUGAUGGAAGGAGGUUUUCACUCAAAAUCUCACGAUACAUGGCCCCAUUCAUUAUUUCCUUUACACGGAUCAGUCGUCCUGGUCCCUUUGCAGAAAAACAGCCCCAAAGCAUGAUGUUUCCACCCCCAUGCUUCACAGUAGGUAUGGUGUUCUUUGGAUGCAACUCAGCAUUCUUUGUCCUCCAAACACGACAAGUUGAGUUUUUACCAAAAAGUUAUAUUUUGGUUUCAUCUGACCAUAUGACAUUCUCCCAAUCCUCUUCUGGAUCAUCCAAAUGCACUCUAGCAAACUUCAGACGGGCCUGGACAUGUACUGGCUUAAGCAGGGGGACACGUCUGGCACUGCAGGAUUUGAGUCCCUGGCGGCGUAGUGUGUUACUGAUGGUAGGCUUUGUUACUUUGGUCCCAGCUCUCUGCAGGUCAUUCACUAGGUCCCCCCGUGUGGUUCUGGGAUUUUUGCUCACCGUUCUCGUGAUCAUUUUGACCCCACGGGGUGAGAUCUUGCGUGGAGCCCCAGAUCGAGGGAGAUUAUCAGUGGUCUUGUAUGUCUUCCAUUUCCUAAUAAUUGCUCCCACAGUUGAUUUCUUCAAACCAAGCUGCUUACCUAUUGCAGAUUCAGUCUUCCCAGCCUGGUGCAGGUCUACAAUUUUGUUUCUGGUGUCCUUUGACAGCUCUUUGGUCUUGGCCAUAGUGGAGUUUGGAGUGUGACUGUUUGAGGUUGUGGACAGGUGUCUUUUAUACUGAUAACAAGUUCAAACAGGUGCCAUUAAUACAGGUAACGAGUGGAGGACAGAGGAGUCUCUUAAAGAAGAAGUUACAGGUGUGUGAGAGCCAGAAAUCUUGCUUGUUUGUAGGUGACCAAAUACUUAUUUUCCACCAUAAUUUGCAAAUAAAUUCAUUAAAAAUCCUACAAUGUGAUUUUCUGGAAAAACAAUUCUCAUUUUGUCUGUCAUAGUUGGCGUGUACCUAUGAUGAAAAUUACAGGCCUCUCUCAUCUUUUUAAGUGGGAGAACUUGCACAAUUGGUGGCUGACUAAAUACUUUUUUCCCCCACUGUAACUCUGUGUUGUUGUUUUUAUCGCACUGCUUUGCUUUAUCUUGGCCAGGUCGCAGUUGUAAAUGAGAACUUGUUCUCAACUGGCUUACCUGGUUAAAUAAAUGUGGAAACAUUUUUUACAAAAAAAUGCUGAGGCAUCAAGGCUCCCCUCCCCACACCUGGGCAUCCCACCCUGCCCAACAAGGGCUCCACAAACGGCCUUACCCAGGCUCUCAUAAGCUCAACCUCCAUCACCUCCUAACCACUGCUUAUAACACCGUUUCCUGUAACAGUCAUCUAGCAUAGCCUAACAGUUUCCUAUAACAGUCAUCUAGCAUAGCCUAACAGUUUCCUAUAACAGUCAUCUAGCAUAGCCUAACAGUUUCCUGUAACAGUCAUCUAGCAUAGCCUAAAGGUUUCAUAUAACAGUCAUCUAGCAUAGCCUAACAGUUUCCUGUAACAGUCAUCUAGCAUAGCCUAAAGGUUUCAUAUAACAGUCAUCUAGCAUAGCCUAACAGUUUCCUAUAACAGUCAUUUAGCAUAGCCUAACAGUUUCCUAUAACAGUCAUCUAGCAUAGCCUAAAGGUUUCAUAUAACAGUCAUCUAGCAUAGCCUAACAGUUUCCUGUAACAGUCAUCUAACAUAGCCUAACAGUUUCCUAUAACAGUCAUCUAGCAUAGCCUAACAGUUUCCUAUAACAGUCAUCUAGCAUAGCCUAAAGGUUUCAUAUAACAGUCAUCUAGCAUAGCCUAAAGGUUUCAUAUAACAGUCAUCUAGCAUAGCCUAACAGUUUCCUAUAACAGUCAUCUAGCAUAGCCUAACAGUUUCCUGUAACAGUCAUCUAACAUAGCCUAACAGUUUCCUAUAACAGUCAUCUAGCAUAGCCUAACAGUUUCCUGUAACAGUCAUCUAACAUAGCCUAAAGGUUUCAUAUAACAGUCAUCUAACAUAGCCUAACAGUUUCCUAUAACAGUCAUCUAGCAUAGCCUAACAGUUUCCUAUAACAGUCAUCUAACAUAGCCUAAAGGUUUCAUAUAACAGUCAUCUAGCAUAGCCUAAAGGUUUCAUAUAACAGUCAUCUAACAUAGCCUAACAGUUUCCUAUAACAGUCAUCUAGCAUAGCCUAACAGUUUUAUACAGGGAAAUACUUAAUAUCAACUUCCAGGGAGAGAUAGUAGUAGUGUGUCAGGAUGUCAACCUAGCAGAGACAAUUCAUUUUCACCUUUGCGGUCCCUUCAGUUAAGCUUGUCCCACAUGUAUUGCUUAUUGGCUUAGACAAGGAUAGGUUGAGGCUGUUUCAGUCAGAGAUUAACUGUAGCCAUCAUGUCUCAACAUGAAGUGGUUAUAGCACACUUUCAGCUUGGGGGUAUAGCGAGUGCUGACACAUCAUGUAUAGUACAGAACAGGGGCACAACUUUGGCUUUAGAAGUGGUGGGGAUUAUUUUAUUUAAAACAAAAUCAUUAUUUUUUUUUAUCCAGUUGGAUAAAAACUCCAAACAGCCAACCCGACUGCUCGGAGACGUCCGCAUGGUCCUAAAGCACAUCGUGGCCUCGUUUUGUAUCACAUUCCAAUGAUAAAUGCAAUUUCAGAAUGUAGGGGGACAUGUCGUAAAGACCAAAAAUAGAUAUGUUUGACUUUACUGUGCACAUGUGUUAAACCCAAAUAUGGGUAGAGAUAUAAUAUGGAUAGAACUAUUAUAUACUAUUAUAAGAGUGUUGUGUACUGGUGUAGUCAGACAGCGAGAGGGGGCCUUUAACCUCAAGGUGUUAUGGGAAACCGUGGCUCUGAUAUAGGUUGUCUGAUGUGCUAUGGGUCUGUCUGUCUCAGGUUCUCGAGGUCAGACGAACUCUCCAGACACCGGCGCUCUCACUCUGGAGUGAAGCCUUACCAGUGUCCCGUCUGCGAGAAGAAGUUUGCCCGCAGCGAUCACCUGUCCAAACAUAUCAAAGUACACCGCUUUCCAAGAAACAGCAGGACAGUGCGCUCCGCAAACUGAGCCCGUUGACCCCCCCCAGUCCUGCUAGACUGAGGCCAUGCCACAGGACACAUGGAGAGACAGAGAGAUAAUGUUUGUGAGAGAGAGAGUGAAUGAAUGUGGGAGAUUGCUUAUAGCAGAGGGGACAGUGUGACAGACAUAAUGAAUGUGGGAGAUUGCUUACAGCAGAGGGGACAGUGGGACAGACAGAAUGAACGUUCAAACAACAGUUAAGGGAGAGAGUGUUCUAAUGUUUUGUUUGUUUAUGUGUGUGUGUAUGUUUGUGCAAGAGUGUGUGUGUGACGCACAUUGGUGGUACUGUGAUAAUUUAUUGAGUAAUGCAGAGACGCAAAAGAGAAAACAUUUUGAACAAACAAGAACUGUUACUUAACAUGACAUCUUCACUGGUGUAUGAAGGGCUUGAUUCAAUCCAUCUUCCAGAAGUUCAGCAAUAUAGCGGGAUUUACAUUUAAAGGCAAUGUUCCCACAUUCUUGGAGACUGCAUUCACGGUAAACGCUGCAU